AUGUUGGCAGCCCUGCGUGAGUUCGAUCUCGAGAGUUCUCCUCAUCUCGAUAUAUCCGUCGACUCCUUUUAAGCUCUCUUGGAGUGAUCGGCGAAAAAAAAUCGAAAUAAUCGCGGAAGGAUUUUUGCGAGGGUCGCGAAUUUUCGUCGAAGACACAACGCACCCUUCAUCUGACUCUAGUGCGCAACCCUUCGCACGUUAUUGCACCUCUGGCCAACAUGGCGGCGACGUUAGGUCGGAUUUGUAAAUCGGGUCUUUUAAAGCCGAAUUACGGCACCCUGAUCGGCCAGACCAACAAUUUCUCUACUACUGUGAAAGAUUGGUCUAGGGGUCGAAAAGUGUUAUUAACAUGCUUAGGAGUGACAGCCGGAGGCAUCAGUGCCUUCAUCUAUGCUUUAGAUAGCUCAGUAAGAGCUAGUGAUUUGAUAGCUCAUCCACCAACAUAUAAGUGGGAUUUCUAUGGAUUGUUUAAUUCUCUGGAUCAUGCUAGCAUGCGACGAGGAUGGGAAGUCUACAAGAAUGUGUGUGCAGCUUGUCACAGUUUGGAAUAUGUUGCAUACCGUCACCUUGUUGAUGUUACUCACACUGAAGCAGAAGCCAAAGCUCUCGCAGAAGAAGUCUUGAUAGAAGAUGGCCCUAAUGAAACAGGAGAAUAUUAUAAACGCCCAGGAAAAUUAUUUGAUUAUGUACCAUCUCCGUAUCCAAAUGAAGAAGCUGCCAGAGCAUCGAACAAUGGUGCUUAUCCACCUGAUCUAUCUUACAUACUCAACGCCAGGCAUAAUGGAGAAAACUACAUUUUCUCUUUAUUGACUGGAUACUGUGAUCCACCAGCUGGUAUAACAUUGAGAGAGGGACAAUAUUUCAAUCCAUAUUUCUUAGGCGGUGCCAUUGGUAUGGCACAGGCUAUUUAUGACGAAGUGUUGGAAUAUGAAGAUGGUACUCCUGCAACUGCCUCUCAAGUAGCAAAAGAUAUUACCACAUUCCUAAUGUGGACUGCCAAUCAUGAGUACGAUGAUAGAAAAAGAAUGGCUAUCAAGGCUAUUGGAAUACUGGGAAUUCUCACUGCUGCUUCAUAUUAUUUCAAAAAACACAAAUGGACGACUAUAAAGAGCACAAAAUUAAUGUUUAUUCCUAAAAAAUAUAAAUAGUUAGCUAUAGCUCGUGCUGGAAAUUAACUCGGCGAUGUUAGCUAUUGCGCUGGUAUCGGAAUGUAGUUUCACAAUUUAAGCAAUGUAUCCGGCAAGUUAUGGCUCCUUUCUGAAGAUUCAAAUUUAUUCAUAUAGCAUUUGACAUGUGAGUUGAAUUGUCAAUUUGUCAUCACCAAAUUUAAUUAAAUUAUACAUUGUACAUAGCUAUAUAAAUGGAGUCCAUCGUCUGAUUUAAAUAAAUUGUUAAACAUAAA